CUCUCAGCUGUACUUUUUUAAAUAAUACUCUGCUCGGUCAGAGUUUUCACACCUUAUAUGCAGCUGAUCAGAGAGAAGACAUUUCAGGUUGCUCAGUGUAGGAUGUUUGCUAUUGAAUAAAGUAGAGAGGUUUGUCUGGAAGCUGCUGACUGGGUCAACAGAGGCUGAACACUGAGGAGACAUGGAAGCUGUGAUUGGACUGUUGCUGAUGCUACUCAGAGUCUGUCAUGGUGUGGAAACCUACUGUGAUGGCAGACAGGAUGGAGCUCAGUGUUAUGGCACUUUGGGAGGAACUGUGGUCCUCCAGCUGAUGGACAGCACCUCAGAAAUAUUUAGAUACCAAUUGUUAAAAAACAAAACAACAAUACUCAGUGGGACAAAGAAUAAGAUUCUUUCUAAUCUGACAGAAAACAAAUUCUCAUUUACUCCCAGUGAUGGAACAUUUAGGAUCAACAACCUGAGCUGGACUGAUGGUGGUGAAUAUACUCUAGAAAUCUUUGAUUCAAAUGGAACGAGAUCAGAGCAGCGGACUCUACAUUUGAUCAUUCGAGAAAUAGGAAUUUUGCCAAUAAUCGCCGGCGUACUCUCUGCACUGGUAAUUCUCUUGGCAGUCGGGGUGGCAGUCGUCUGUGCUCACAACAAACAGGAAAAUAACAAACCUGAAGAAGAAGAAGAUAAACAGGAGUUAACCUAUGCUGAUGUCAGGGUCGUGCAGCUGCCUGAGAGGCAGAUGCAGCAAAGAGAAGAGGUGGAGGUGGAGUACGGCCAAGUCAAGAUUUCACAGCGACCUCGGCAGGCCAUUGAACCAGCAGUAGAUGAAUGUGUGUAUGCCAAAGUCCGCAGAGGCAGGUGAUUCAGUGUUCACUGCACCGCUGAAGGCAGGUGGAGGAGGUGUGCCAAGAUGCCUGAAGGUCUUUCACCUUAAUUUAAUAUGAUUUAAAAUACAAGCCAUCAGAGCUCAUUAUUUUCUUCACCUUUACUGUACUUCUGGGUUGAGACUGAGCAUCAAAGUAUCAGCUCCAGCCUUUGAAUCACAGUGUGGCUAGUUUUUAUAGACUAAAUUUGGUAGAAUAUUUAAUAUUAUCUUAAGAAUGUAUUUUAUCACUUCUCUUUAGCUUACUUUGACUCAUUUUGACUUGUGCCUAAUUUAUGAGCAUAUUUACUUUUAUUUCAUAGUUAAAACACUGAAAACUUAUAAUUAGGAUAAUGUGAAUUUUAAGAAUAAAAAUGUCUUUGAAAUAUAUUUUUUUGUAUUGGUCUGGCAGACAUGAACAGUACUCUCGCAUCAGUACGUUUAUAAUAUUGAUUGAUCAUCUGUGAUUACAUGUCAUCGAAAAUGGCUUCUUUUAACUGUACCCUAAAAGAAUCAAGUUAAUAAAGUUUGCAUUUACUUAAA